AUGCAAAAAUUGCAUCGAGGUAUUUGGCCAUGGACAAAAGGUUUGAAAUCGAGACUACCCUUACACUACAAAAUUAGAUAUACAGAAACCUGGAUGAAGACAUCUCAACCAGUCCACUACAGAGAAGAAAGUCGAAAGUUUCUACCAGACGAAUUCAAUCAACCUGUUAGAGUUCAAAAUAUACCCAUCCCCAUAACUUUUCCUUUAGAAGCAGAUCAUGGUCUUUGGGGGGGUGAGGGCAUAAUUGCUGGCUUGAAAAAAAAGAAAAACAGCAUGUACAAACCGCGAACUCCAACAAUAUGGAAGCCAUUUUUAACAAGACGUGUUCUAUACAGUGAAAUUUUAGAUAAAUAUUUUGAUAUAACUGUUACUCUCAGAACCUUAAACCUCAUAGAUGAGUGCUAUGGUUUUGAUUUUUAUAUUUUAAAGACUCACGAAGUAGAUUUAAAAUCAAAACUAGGUAUGACUCUGAAGAGGACCAUGUUGAUUGCUUUGUCUAAAAAAUCUUUUUAUCCUGAUAAUCCAAAGAAACAGAAAGAAAUUUAUGAAAAGUACAAAGAGUAUGAAAUUCCACUGGAAGAAGCAGAAUGGGUUGGGUUGUCACUGCAAGAGGCUGAAAGAAAACAACAUGAAAUAGAAGAAAAAUCAGCAUUGCAAAAUGAAAAACCUCUAAAACAUUAUUAUGCUGAUGAUUUGUUGAAGGAAAUCAAAGAAAACGACCUGUCAGGAUUCUCCAUCUCUUCUCAAAAUGUAUCCUCCAAAUUUAAUAGAAGACAGCUGAACUUUUUUUUAUGA